AUGGAACUGGAAGAUGAGGAGCCCCCAGUCCCCCCUUUCUGGGAGGAUGAGAGGGUACAGUUUGUGGGUGACUGGCUUCAGAAAAUUACGAAGAUAAAAGCAGACAAAUGGAUAAAAUUUGUGGAGGAUGAGCCAAAUGAAAAGAUACUGAGAGACUUUCUUGACCAAGAAGACCAAAUCAUGUUAAUUUUCUCAAUUACAUCAAGUGGAAAUAUAACUGCGACUAAAGAGAUUGUAAAGAACUCAAAGAAUAAAGCAUUUUACGUUAUGAAGAAGGUUUCAAAGAGUAUUGGGUUGGAAAAUUACAAAAAAGAGCUUUUGUUUGGAGAGUUAUCAAACACGUCACUGAACCAGGCAUCAGCAUUAAUGGAAGAGGUUGUAGUACCUGUCCUUUCUAAUAAAAAGAAUCACCGGUCCUGGCCCUGUUUCAUUGCUCAAGAUUUGGAUCAUCAUGUGGAAUACAUGAAGAAUAAGAUCCACAUUGUAAAAGGUCUUCUAGAAGGCAAAACAAUCCUACCCAUUCCUACAGCGACAAUGACUGAGACUACCAACAACAAAGACACGGCACUUGCAAGGAGAGCUCUGCAUGCCUUUGAAUCAAUGAUUAUAAAGUGGUCGUAUCAGUUACGGGAUGUCAUUGAAAGAGAUUCCUCGCAGGCUCUUGUUCAAGAUCUCAAUCCUGGACCAGAAACAGAGUUGGAUUUCUGGCAGGCGAGGCGAGAAAAUCUAACUUAUAUAUACAAACAGCUUCAAUCACCUGCGGUAUGCAGAAUGGCUACUAUUUUGAAAGAGAGGGAAAGCAGUUAUUAUCCCACAUUACAGAAUAUCAUCAGAUCAGUAAAACAUGCACUUGGUGAAGCUAAAGAUGUUGACUUGCACUUGAAACCGCUCAGACAACAUAUCAACACGAUAGAGGAGACUGACUUCCCUCAGAUCCAUGUUUUAAUGUCUCCUUUACUUCUUACCGUCUGUUUAAUCUGGAGUCACUCCAGGUUUUACAGUGUUCCAGCACGGAUCAUUGUUCUUUUGCAGGAGUUCUGCAAUUUAUUCAUUGAACAGGCAAAAUCCUAUCUUUCACCUGAAGAUCUUUUCAAAGAUGAACCUGAAGAAGCGUUGGAACACGUACAAGUGACACUCAAUGUCCUCAAGAGCUUCAAACUAUCAUUUCUAAGUCACAGAAGUAAAUUGCAGACAUUUUACAGAGACAGCAGAGAGUUUAAACCUUGGGACUUUCGAUCUCAAAUGGUGUUUGCCAGAUAUGACAAAUUUCUUGAGCGAUUAAUGAAGAUUGAGGAUAUUUUUGUGACAAUGCUUGAAUUUCAAAGACUUGAAAAACUGGAGUUUGGUGGAAAUAAAGGCAAAAUUUUGAACGAACACGUGGCUCACCUGUAUGAAGAAUUUAUGGACAGUUGCAAAGUAUUUAAAGAAAGCACAUUUGAUCCAACAGAUUGCUCCAACAAGGACUUUGAAAAUGAAUAUCUUGAGUUUAAGGCAAAAGUAUUGGAUUUUGAUACACAGCUUGCAUCUCUGCUUUGUGCAGCUUUCAACGAUUCUUCUGGAUUAGAACAUGCAUUCAAGGUAUUGGCUAUUUCUGGUUAUUACCUUGAAAGACCGGUCAUUUUGAAUAUAUUCAGCCCAAAUUAUUUCACCCUACUCCAGAUGUACAAUGACGAACUAGACAGAUGCAAGCAAUUAUAUGAUGAGCAUAUUAAACAGAAGGAUAAUGACACAGUACACAAGAAUAUGCCAAUAACGUGCGGCAUCCUGAAAUGGAUAAAGGAACUCAAAGACCGUAUACAGACAUCGUGGUCAAGUUUCAGAUUUAUACAGCAUCCGAGUAUGGAGAGUCCUGAAGCUUCAGUCGUUUAUCAGAAAUAUAUGGAGAUGAUGACAUUGCUUGAUCAUCAUGAAGAGCAUGCCCACGAGAAAUGGACGUCAGAGGUGGACAAUGUUUGUGAAUUCAAUCUGGAUAGACCACUCAUCCGACGUAACCAUGAAGAUCACCUCUUGAGUGUGAAUUUCGACCCCAAGCUGGUGGCUGUUUUACGGGAAGUGAAAUAUUUGCAAAUAUUAAAUCAAACAGACAUCCCGAAAGCAGCUUUAAUCAUCUAUGAAAAAAGGGAGCUUUUACAUAAGUAUAUAGGAAACUUGGAUCUCAUCGUUCUGUGGUACAAUAAUCUGAAACAAACUGUUUUGGAAGUGGAAUACCCCUUGAUCAAGCAGGACAUGAUGGACAUUGAUGAACAGCUUAAACACGCGGAGGAGCUGUACACAUGGAAUCAUGACAAUUGCUGGGAUUAUAUUGUCGCGGUCAAAUCCGUCGUUCAGGAUCUGGAGAAGAGAGUGCAGCAAUCAAAGGAUAAUGUAGCAGCAAUGGUGCAGAUUAUGAAUGCAUGGGCUGAGCAGGCAAUGUUCUCAAGAAAAGACAAUAAAAGGGAAACACUUAUAAACCUAGAUGACAAAACUGAUAGAGUUAGUAAGAGAUACAAAUUAAUUGAAGAAGAUGGUUAUACAAUCCACAGGCUGGUUGAGGAAAACAGGAAACUUCUUAAAGCUGAUCCCAAGUCAGAUUUUUGGAAAAUAUAUUUGGAAUACAUUGAUGACAUUGUAACUGAUGGCUUAUACCAUGCUAUCUUGCGUUCCCUGCAAUUCUUCAUGGAAAACACAGAUGGAACUUUAACUCCAGCUCCUUUAUUUGAAGCACAAAUGGUUCUUAACAGCACAGAAAUUUCUUUCAAGCCUUCUAUACAAAAAGAGGGUGGGGAUGAAUUUUACGACCAAAUAGAAGAGCUAUUAGGGGACAUUUUUAAGAUGUCUGGACAGGUAAAGCGAAUUGCCAGACAUUUUGAAGCUGUCAAUUACCAGAAUGAUAUGGAUGAAAUGAUAGACCUCUCUGAAAUACGACAGGAGAUUAUGGGAAAGAUCACCACAGUCAUCAGCAAAGUAAUAGAUUACAAGGGGCGAUAUGAUUCCUAUUCCUAUUUGUGGACAGAUGACAGAUUGGAGUUCAUGAGACAGUUCCUGCUGUACGGUCAUGUAUUAACCGCUGAAGAAAUUGAGGCUCAUGCAGAAGAUAACGUUCUAGAAUGUCCUCCUACAAUUGAACAGUUUAAGGAACAGAUUGACAUUUAUGAAAAUCUAUACAUUCAAAUUAGCUCGUCUGAAGAUAACAAAGUAUUUGAAAACUGGUUUAGGGUGGACAUGAGACCUUUUAAAAUGUCACUGCUAGUCAUUAUAAAGAAAUGGAGUUGGAUGCUCAAAGAGCACCUUCUGAGAUUUGUCAUUGACAGCUUGACAGACUUGGAGCAGUUUAUUAGGUUGACAGACUCUGCUCUGCAGAUUGACAUUCCGGAAGGAGAUUAUAAGGCACUUGUUGGCAUCAUGGAGCAUCUUCUGGCCGUGAGGGACAGACAGGAUGCCACGGAUAAUCUGUUUGAACCCCUUAAACAGACUAUUGCACUAUUAGAAAACUAUGGACAGAAACUCCCAGACUUGAUAUAUACACAGUUGGAGGAAUUACCGGAAAAAUGGAAUAAUACCAAAAAAAUUGCCAUUUCUGUAAAGCACGACCUUGCUCCUCGCCAGACGCUAGAGGUUUCCAUUAUAAGAAAAAAAUGUGCUGCUUUUGAUAUUAAGCAAGCAAAUUUCAGGGAGACGUUUUGUUUGGAUGCACCAUUCUCAUAUAAUGCACAGAAGCCGUAUUCACGUCUUGAUAAAGCAAACCAGGAUAUUUACAAACUGGAGGAAGAAUUGCUGCAUAUUCAGGAAUCCGCUGACCUCUUUGAAGUUGCUGUUCCUGACUACAAACAAAUGAAAACAUGUCGCAAAGAGAUAAAAAUAUUGAAAGAAUUGUGGGAUAUUAUAAUCACUGUUAGGAGCAGCAUCUCUGAUUGGGUGAAAACUCAGUGGAGGCAAAUUAAUGUUGAACAGAUGGAUGUUGAGCUGAGAAGGUUUGCAAAGGAAAUGUGGUCAUUAGACAAAUUAGCCCGCUCAUGGGAUGCAUAUGUAGGCUUGGAUUUAACUAUAAAGAAUUUGAUCACAUCUCUGCGAGCUGUAACCGAUUUACAGAAUCCAGCGAUUCGAGACAGACACUGGCAUCAGUUAAUGAGAGCAACAAAGGUGCAAUUUUCAAUGACUGAGCAAACUACCUUAUCAGAUUUACUAGCUUUACAAUUGCACAAGGUGGAAGACGAUGUUCGUAACAUUGUAGACAAAGCUGUGAAAGAGAUGGGCACUGAAAAGAUACUUACAGAAAUUAGUCAGACCUGGAAUACAAUGGAAUUUUCCUAUGAACUGCAUCAUCGAACCAGAACCCCUUUAAUAAAAACAGAUGAGCAGAUAUUUGAAAUGCUGGAUAGCAACCAGGUGCAGUUGCAGGCAAUAAUGCAAAGCAAGUACGUUGAAUAUUUUAUUGAACAAGUGUCAAGCUGGCAAAAAAGGCUGAACCUAGCUGAUUCCAUCAUUUAUAUAUGGAUGGAGGUUCAACGUACAUGGUCCCAUCUAGAAAGCAUUUUUAUUGGGUCUCAUGACAUCAGAAACCAACUUCCUGAAGAUGCUAAGAGAUUUGAUGGAGUAGAUAGAGAUUUCAAGGAGCUGAUGUUUGAAACUGAGAAAAUAAAAAAUGUUUUGGACUCAACGCAUCGGCCCCAUCUUUAUGAACUUCUCGAGGAUCUUCAGCUCAGGCUCUCUCUCUGUGAAAAGGCACUAUCUGAGUAUUUGGAAACAAAACGUUUGGCAUUCCCGCGCUUUUAUUUUGUUUCUUCUGCAGACUUAUUAGAUAUUCUAUCAAAGGGAACUCAGCCUAAACAGGUGACACGACAUUUAGCCAAACUCUUUGACAAUAUUGCCGAUCUUCAGUUUCGAGAUACUGCUGAAAAUGUAGCAACAGGGAUGUACAGCAAAGAGAAAGAAUUUGUGCCCUUUAAUGUCAACUGCCAUUGUACUGGACAGGUGGAGCACUGGUUGAGUAGAUUGGAAGAGACAAUGUGUGAAACAAUACGCCAUCAUAUCACUGAGGCAGUGACUUCUUAUGAGGAAAAGCCCAGGGAUCAGUGGAUCUUCGAUUACCCAGCCCAAGUGGCUCUGACCAGCUCACAAAUAUGGUGGACCAUUGAUGUUGGCAUUGCCUUUGACAGAUUAGAGGAAGGCUUUGAAACGGCUCUAAAGGAUUACAACAAAAAACAGAUUGCCCAGUUAAAUGCCCUUAUCUCCAUGUUACUGGGAGAUCUCACAGAAGGUGACAGACAGAAAAUCAUGACAAUAUGCACUAUUGAUGUGCAUGCCAGAGAUGUGGUGGCCAAGCUUAUUACUAAUAAGGUUAGCAAUUCUCAAGAUUUUGCUUGGCUGUCACAACUGCGACAUCGGUGGGAUGAAAAGGUGAAACACUGCUUUGCCAAUAUAUGUGAUGCUCAGUUCCAGUAUUCCUACGAGUAUUUGGGCAAUACACCUCGACUUGUCAUUACACCUUUAACUGACAGGUGUUAUAUUACCCUCACUCAGUCUCUCCACUUGACCAUGAGUGGGGCCCCUGCGGGCCCGGCAGGGACAGGCAAGACAGAAACCACAAAGGAUUUAGGACGUGCGCUCGGGGUAAUGGUUUAUGUUUUCAACUGCUCGGAACAGAUGGAUUAUAAGUCCGUGGGAAACAUAUAUAAAGGCCUGGCACAGACAGGAGCCUGGGGAUGCUUUGAUGAGUUUAACAGAAUUGCAGUAGAAGUUCUAUCAGUAGUGGCGGUACAAGUGAAAACCAUUCAAGAUGCCAUUCGUAACAAGAAAAACAGAUUUCUGUUCCUCGGAGAGAACAUCACAUUGAAGCCAUCAGUGGGAAUAUUUAUCACUAUGAAUCCUGGUUAUGCUGGUCGAACGGAACUGCCGGAGAAUCUUAAGGCUCUCUUCAGGCCAUGUGCAAUGGUGGUUCCAGACAUAGAGCUGAUAUGUGAGAUAAUGCUGGUUGCAGAAGGAUUUAUUGAUGCUCGACCUUUAGCCAGAAAAUUUAUAACACUUUACACGCUAUGCAAGGAGCUGCUUUCCAAACAGGAUCAUUAUGACUGGGGCUUGCGUGCUGUUAAGUCUGUCCUCGUGGUGGCAGGUUCAUUAAAACGUGGAGACAGCAAGAGGCCUGAAGAUCAGGUGCUCAUGCGAGCUUUAAGAGACUUUAAUUUACCCAAAAUUGUCACAGAUGAUGUCCCAAUUUUCAUGGGUCUAAUCAGUGACCUUUUUCCAGCUCUGGAUGUGCCCAGAAAGAGAGACAUUGCCUUUGAACAGAUGGUUAAACAGUCUACAUUGGAGCUUCACUUACAGCCCGAGGAGAGCUUUAUUCUCAAAGUUGUUCAGCUGGAGGAGUUGCUAGCUGUACGCCAUUCUGUCUUUGUGGUUGGAAAUGCGGGAACAGGAAAAAGCAAGAUAUUGAGGACCCUUAACAGGACAUAUAUUAACAUCAAACGGAAACCUGUAUGGAAUGACUUAAACCCUAAGGCUGUUACGACAGAUGAACUCUUUGGUUUUAUUCAUCCUGCAACAAGAGAGUGGAAAGAUGGACUUCUAUCAUCUCUCAUGAGAGAACAGGCCAAUAUUAUGCACGAUGGUCCAAAGUGGAUUGUCCUUGAUGGUGACAUCGACCCGAUGUGGAUUGAAUCACUAAAUACUGUUAUGGAUGAUAAUAAGGUCCUGACACUCGCCAGCAAUGAAAGAAUACCACUAAAACCUACUAUGCGACUGGUCUUUGAGAUUCACCAUUUAAAAACUGCCACACCUGCCACAGUAUCAAGAGCUGGAAUUCUCUAUGUUAAUCCCCAAGAUCUUGGUUGGAACCCGUAUGUGGCCAGCUGGAUAGAGACUAGAGUGAACCAGACGGAAAAGGCUAACUUGACUAUUCUUUUUGACAAGUAUGUACCAUCCUGUCUGGACCAGUUCAAGCUUGGCACUGUUAAAACCAUCACCCCUGUUACUGAGAACAGUAUGGUACAGACCCUUUGUUCUCUUCUCGACUGCCUCCUUAUUCCUGAGAAUGUACCACCAGACUCUUCCAGAGAACUCUACGAGUUAUACUUUGUGUUUGCGUGUAUCUGGGCAUUUGGUGGGGCACUACACAGAGAUCAGCUGACCGAUUACAGAGCAGACUUUAAUCGAUGGUGGAUAAAGGAGAUGAAAACGGUGAAAUUCCCCGCUCAGGGAAGUAUUUUUGAUUAUUAUCUGGAUAACAAAACCCGGAGGUUCAUUCCAUGGAGCGAAAAAAUUCUUGAAUUUAAAAUGGAUUCAGACACCCCUUUACAGGCAGCUUUCGUUCAUACGUCUGAAACAACUUGCCUUGGGUUUUUUAUGGAUCUUCUAAUACAAAGAGCCAAACCAGUAAUGCUUGUGGGUAACGCAGGAGUGGGAAAGACUGUGUUACUGAAUGACAGACUGUCUUACCUUUCUGAUAGCUAUAUGGUAUCCAAAGUGCCAUUUAACUAUUACACUACAUCAGCUGCCCUGCAAAGAAUCCUUGAAAAGUCUCUAGAGAAGAAGGCCGGGCGUAACUAUGGUCCAUUAGGGAAUAAAAAGCUUGUGUAUUUCAUUGAUGACAUGAAUAUGCCUGAAGUUGAUAAGUAUGGAACAGUCCAGCCCCACGCAUUGAUUCAACAACAUAUUGAUUACGGACACUGGUACGAAAGGCAAAAAAUGACUUUAAAAGAAGUAAAAAACUGUCAGUACGUGGCUUGUAUGAAUCCAACUUCGGGAAGUUUCACUAUUAAUCCACGAUUACAGAGACAUUUUACAGUGUUUGCUGUUAAUUUUCCCAUAAAUGAUGCCCUGGAAACCAUUUUUAGCAAGAUCCUGAGUUUUCACUUCCAUCAGCAUGCAUUCAGCCCUUCCAUCCUUAGAACUGGCACAGCCGUGAUCCAGGCAGCAAUGUGGCUUAACCAGAAGAUGGUACAGAAUUUCCUUCCCACUGCGAUAAAGUUUCAUUAUAUUUUUAAUUUAAGGGAUAUCACCAAUAUAUUUCAGGGCAUUUUGUUUGCUACCCCAGAUUGCCUGAAACAACCAAAUGACCUUGUGUCCUUAUGGCUACAUGAGUCUUCUCGUGUUUAUGGAGACAAAUUGGUGGAGGAUAAGGAUUCUGAUUUAUUCAAAAGAAUUCUGCACGAUACUGCUCGGAGAUUUUUUGAAGGCGUUGAGGACCAAGUCUUGUCGAGGCAGCCUCUCAUAUUCUGUCAUUUUUCUAAUGGGGUCGGUGCUCCUUCAUACCUGCCUGUAGAUAGGUGGGACUCGCUAAAGAAAACACUCGUGGAAGCUCUCGAUAGCUACAAUGAACUCAAUGCAGAGAUGAACCUUGUCUUGUUUGAAGAUGCAAUGCAGCAUGUGUGUCGCAUUAGCCGCAUUUUAGAAUCACCUCGUGGCUAUGCCCUCCUGAUUGGCGUCGGGGGCAGUGGCAAACAAAGUCUGUCUAAAUUGGCUGCCUACAUUGGCUCCCUUGAUGUAUUUCAGAUCACUUUGAAAAAUGGAUAUGGCAUUCAAGAUUUGAAAGUGGAUCUGGCCAAUUUGUACAUCAGAACAGGAGCCAAGAACAUGCCCACUGUGUUUCUGCUGACAGAUGCCCAAGUUCCAGAUGAACGCUUCCUUGUUCUGAUUAAUGACUUGUUGGCAUCAGGAGAAGUUCCUGAUUUGUUUAGUGAAGAGGAAAUUGAUACCAUUGUAUCUGGAAUUCGGAAUGAAGUCCGAGGACUUGGGUUAGAUGACUCCAAGGAAGGGUGCUGGAAAUUCUUUUUAGAAAGAGUUCGACUUCAGCUCAAAGUUAUAUUGUGCUUCUCUCCAGUUGGUUCCACUCUGCGGGUUCGAGCUCGGAAGUUCCCAGCUAUAGUUAACUGCACUGCUAUUGACUGGUUCCAUGAAUGGCCACAGGAGGCUCUGCAAUCUGUCAGCAGGAGGUUUAUUCAAGACACUGAGGGGAUUGUGCCAAAUGUCAAGGAUUCAAUCAGUCAGUUUAUGGCAUACGUUCACACCAGUGUCAAUGAAAUGAGUAGCAAAUAUUAUCAAAAUGAGAAACGUUAUAACUACACCACUCCGAAAAGCUUCCUAGAGCAAAUUACAUUGUACAAAAAUCUGCUGGGCAGGAAACGAAGGGAGUUGUCUCAGAGGAUGGAACAUCUUGUCAAUGGUUUGGAGAAACUUAAAACAACAGCAUCACAGGUAGAAGAUCUAAAAGCUAAGCUUGCCUCUCAGGAGGCUGAAUUAAAGCAGAGAAAUCAAGACGCCGAAGCCCUAAUUACUAAAAUAGGACAUCAGACUGAAAAAGUGAGCCAGGAAAAGGCUAUUGCUGAUGCAGAAGAACAGAAGGUUGCAUUGAUACAAGAAGAAGUGUCUGUCAAACAGAAGGACUGCGAAGACGAUUUGACUAAAGCUGAACCAGCACUGGUUGCAGCCACGGCAGCUCUCAAUACUCUCAACAAAGUGAAUCUUACUGAACUAAAAACAUUUCCUAAUCCCCCUGUUGCAGUCAUCAAUGUUACUGCUGCCGUGAUGGUAUUGCUGGCACCCAAGGGCAGAGUCCCGAAAGAUAGAAGCUGGAAGGCUUCAAAAAUAUUCAUGGGAAAGGUUGAUGACUUUUUGCAAGCUUUAAUAAAUUAUGACAAAGAACACAUUCAUGAAAACUGCCUGAAAGUGGCAAAGGAGCAGUACUUGAAAAACUCUGAAUUUAAUCCAGAUCUAAUUCGCACAAAGUCAUUUGCAGCUGCCGGUCUUUGUGCCUGGGUUAUUAACAUUGUGAAAUUCUAUGAGGUAUAUUGUGAUGUAGAGCCAAAACGGAAAGCAUUAGCCCAGGCUAAUGUGGAUCUCAGCGGAGCUACGGAAAAGUUGGAAGCAAUCAGAAAGAAGCUCCAUGAUUUGGAUAGGAACCUGCAAAAACUUACACUUUCAUUCGAAAAAGCAACAGCUGAAAAAGUUCGUUGCCAGGAGGAAGUUAAUCGAACUAAUAUGACCAUUGAGUUGGCCAACCGACUUGUCAAAGGAUUAGAGUCAGAGAACAUAAGAUGGAGUGAAUCGAUCAAAAGCUUUGAAGGCCAGGAGAAGACAUUGUGUGGAGAUGUGCUGCUGACAGCUGCUUUUGUAUCAUAUGUUGGCUCCUUCUCAAAGCACUAUCGCCAAGACCUGAUGGAAAACAUGUGGAUUCCAUUCUUGAAGUCUCAAAAGGUUGCUAUUCCAAUAUGUGACGGUCUUGACCCAAUUGCCAUGCUGACCGAUGAUGCAACAGUAGCUGCUUGGAAUAACGAAGGUUUGCCUGGAGAUGCAAUGUCAACAGAAAAUGCCACUAUUUUAAUCAACUGCGAACGCUGGCCUCUUAUGAUAGACCCUCAACAACAGGGCCUUAAAUGGAUUAAAAAUAAAUAUGGAAAUUCUUUGAAAGUUGUACAUUUAGGACAUAAAGGUUAUCUAAAAACCAUCGAAUCAGCUUUGGCAUCAGGCGAUACUAUUUUAAUUGAAAAUCUUGAUGAAGCAGUUGAUCCGGUUCUUGAUCCCCUCCUUGGUAGAAACACUAUUAAAAGGGGCAGGUAUAUAAAGAUUGGAGACAAAGAGUGUGACUACAAUAAAAACUUCCGCCUUAUCCUUCACACAAAGCUAGCAAACCCUCACUAUAAACCCGAAUUACAGGCUCAGACCACCCUUAUUAACUUCACUGUCACUCCAGAUGGGCUUGAAGACCAGCUCUUGGCUGAUGUCGUCAGUGUGGAGAGACCAGACCUGGAGAGCCUUAAGUCCAUGAUCACAAAGCAGCAGAAUGACUUCAAAAUAGAGCUGAAACGCCUGGAAGACGAGCUUCUUAUUCGACUCUCGGCAGCAGAAGGUAGCUUCCUGGGUGACAUGGAGCUGGUGGAGAAACUGGAGUCAACCAAGCGUACAGCCGCUGAGAUCGAGCUUAAGGUGGCUGAAGCGAAGGAGAAUGAAAUAAAAAUUAAUGAUGCCAGAGAACAUUAUAGACCUGCAGCAGCCCGAGCAGCUCUCCUGUAUUUCGUUAUGAGCGAUCUGCGUAAAAUCAAUCCCAUUUAUCAGUUCUCACUAAAGGCCUUCAAUAUGGUUUUCCAGAAGGCUAUAAAGCGUGCAGAACAUUCAGAAGAUGUCGCUGAGAGAGUCACCAACCUGACACAAUGUAUCACAUACUCCGCUUUCCUCUAUGUCAGUCAGGGACUUUUUGAGAAAGACAAGCUAACGUUUCUGUCCCAGACUGCAUUUCAGAUUCUUCUGAAACUUAAAGAUAUCGACCCAUUAGAAUUGGAUUUUCUGCUACGGUUCCCUGUUGAGAAUGCAAAAAGAAGUGCUGUUGACUUUCUCACUGUCCAGUCUUGGAGCGCUAUUAAGAUGAUUUCUACACUGGAUGAAUUUAGAGGGUUAGACAGAGAUAUUGAAGGAUCUGCCAAACGCUGGAAAAAGUUGGCUGAAUCGGAAACACCAGAGAAGGAGAGGUUCCCACAGGAAUGGAAAAACAAAACCUCACUACAAAAACUUAUUAUACUGAGAGCCCUGCGUCCAGACAGAAUGACAUAUGCCAUUAGAAACUUUGUAGAAGAGAAACUUGGAUCAAAAUAUGUGGAGAGCACCAGACCAGAUUUGGCAAAAUCGUAUGAAGAAACCAGUCCUGCAGCUCCUGUAUUUUUCAUCCUGUCCCCUGGAGUGAAUCCUCUGAAGGACGUGGAGUCAUUGGGUAAGAAACUUGGCUUCACUAUCGAUUCUGGCAAAUUUCACAACAUAUCACUGGGUCAAGGGCAAGAGAAAGUCGCAGAGGAGGCAAUGGAGAAGGCAGCACAGGAAGGACACUGGGUGAUUCUUCAAAAUGUCCAUUUAGUAGCCAAGUGGCUUGUGACCUUAGAGAAACUCAUGGAGCAGUACAGCACGGGAUGUCAUGAGGAUUAUAGAAUUUUCAUAAGCGCUGAACCCGCUUCAAGCCCAGAAGAGCAUAUUAUCCCUCAGGGAAUCCUUGAAAACUCUAUCAAAAUCACUAACGAGCCACCCACUGGCAUGAUUGCAAAUUUGCAUGCUGCGCUCUAUAAUUUUGACCAGGAUACACUCGAAAUGUGUGCCAGAGAGCAUGAAUUCAAAAGCAUCCUCUUCUCACUCUGCUACUUUCACGCUUGUGUGGCUGGAAGGCUUAGGUUUGGUCCUCAGGGAUGGAACCGGAGCUAUCCUUUCAAUGCCGGAGAUCUCACCAUUUGUGUCAAUGUUCUUUAUAACUAUCUUGAAACAAACACCAAGGUGCCAUGGGAAGACCUUCGCUAUCUCUUUGGAGAGAUUAUGUAUGGUGGACACAUAACAGAUGACUGGGAUAGAAAACUGUGUCAUACAUAUUUAGAGGAGUUUAUGAGCCCAGCUAUGCUUGAAGGUGAACUGCAAUUGGCUCCUGGGUUCCCAGCUCCACCCAACUUGGAUUACAAUGGAUACCAUGAUUACAUCGAUGAAAUGCUUCCCGCAGAAAAUCCAGUAUUGUACGGACUCCAUCCAAAUGCAGAAAUAGACUUUUUAACAGUAACCUCAGAUAACCUCUUUAGGACUAUUCUUGAAAUGCAGCCGAAGGAUAUCAUUACUGGAGAAGGAUCUGGAAUAUCAGUUGAAGAAAAGGUGAAAAGUAUUCUCGAUGAUAUUUUGGAAAAAAUUCCGGAAGAAUUUAAUUUGUCUGAAAUAAUGCAGAAAACAACUGAACGAAGCCCCUAUAUUCUUGUUUGUUUUCAAGAAUGUGAAAGGAUGAAUAUACUGAUGCGAGAAAUACGACGAUCUCUGAAAGAAUUAGAUUUAGGCCUGAAGGCAAAGUUGACGAUAUCUUCUGACAUGGAAUCUCUACAAAUGGCUCUGUACUAUGACAGUGUUCCAAACACAUGGACCAAAUUGGCAUAUCCUUCCACGUUUGGACUGGGGCAAUGGGUUAAUGACCUUCUUCUAAGAUGUCGAGAACUUGACACUUGGACACAGGAUCUUGUUUUACCAGCAGUUGUAUGGCUUUCUGGAUUCUUCAACCCACAGUCCUUUUUAACAGCAAUAAUGCAAAGUAUGGCACGGAAAAACGAGUGGCCACUGGAUAAAAUGUGCUUGACAGUCGAUGUAACAAAGAAGACAAAAGAGGAUUACGGACACCCUCCACGGGAAGGAGCCUAUAUUCAUGGACUUUUCAUGGAAGGUGCUAGAUGGGAUAUGCAGUCUGGUGCAAUAGCUGAGGCACAUCUCAAAGACUUGACACCACUUAUGCCUGUAAUUUAUGCAAGAGCUUUACCAGUGGAUAAACAGGAACUGAAAAAUGUCUAUGAAUGUCCAGUAUACAAGACAAAAAUCAGAGGCCCUACCUAUGUUUGGACAUUUAACCUGAAAACCAAGGAAAAGCCUGCUAAAUGGGUCCUGGCUGGUGUGGCGUUGCUUUUGACAGUAUAGCCCAAUGAUGGCUAAAGACCUACAAUACACGUUUCUGUUUCUCUUGAAACCGAGUUGGCUUUUAGCAGGAUUGAUCUAUUUAAGCCCUGUAUAGCCAUCACGGAUGAUAAAGUUCAUACAUAUCUAAAGGAACAAUGUUUGAAAUCACUGGACAUUCUUUAGCACAAUCUACCUCAAAUUACUUUACAAUGUGUCUUGUGAGAAACAAUACAAGAGAAGUUUAUUUGUAUAUUAACUUAUAGCAAGUAUUGCUACCAAAUAUAGUGUGUGCAAAAUAAUCUGCUAAUUUACAAUGUCAAGGCCUAGGAAAACAAGAUUUUCUUUUCUAAAACAUGUGGCAUUAAGUGGCACAGAACUGACUUUAAAGCGAGUCAGUCAUGCCAGAUUGGAGCACUUUUCUAACCAUAGGACUUGAUACAUUUUGUACUGAUAAGGGUUUUGUUUUCUGCUAAAGGAUUACUCCACCCAUCAUAACCAUUUUAU